CCCCGACACACCGGCGUCGGCAGCCAAUGGCCGGUGUCCUAUAAACGCCACGAUCCGCGCGCUCUCCCGCAAGAGGCAAGAGGUAGCACCAGUAAGCGUGGCGGUCACUGGUUGCAGGUCCCGAGUGAGCGUUCCAGAGAGCGGGAGACCAAGCGACCGGACUCGGAGUCAGAGUCGCAGUGGGAGUCCCGGGACCGGAGCACGAGUCUGAGCCGGAGAGCGCCGCCUGCCCGCCCGUCGCCACCCGCGCACCCGGCACUGCCAGAGCCACCAGCGCAGCGCUGCCAUGGAGCCCAGCAGCAAGAAGCUGACGGGUCGCCUAAUGCUGGCCGUGGGAGGGGCAGUGCUCGGCUCCCUGCAGUUUGGCUACAACACUGGAGUCAUCAAUGCCCCCCAGAAGGUGAUCGAGGAGUUCUACAAUCAGACAUGGAUCCACCGCUAUGGGGAGAGCAUCCUGCCCACCACACUCACCACGCUCUGGUCCCUCUCGGUGGCCAUCUUCUCCGUUGGGGGCAUGAUUGGCUCCUUCUCUGUGGGCCUUUUCGUUAACCGCUUUGGCCGGCGGAAUUCAAUGCUGAUGAUGAAUCUGCUGGCCUUCGUGUCUGCCGUGCUCAUGGGCUUCUCGAAACUGGGCAAGUCCUUUGAGAUGCUGAUCCUGGGCCGCUUCAUCAUCGGCGUGUACUGCGGCCUGACCACAGGCUUCGUGCCCAUGUAUGUGGGUGAAGUGUCACCCACAGCCCUUCGUGGGGCACUGGGCACCCUGCACCAGCUGGGCAUCGUUGUCGGCAUUCUCAUCGCCCAGGUGUUCGGCCUGGACUCCAUCAUGGGCAAUGAGGACCUGUGGCCCCUGCUGCUGAGCAUCAUCUUCGUCCCAGCCCUGCUGCAGUGCAUCGUGCUGCCCUUCUGCCCCGAGAGCCCCCGCUUCCUGCUCAUCAACCGCAACGAGGAGAACCGGGCCAAGAGUGUGCUGAAGAAGCUGCGCGGGACGGCUGACGUGACCCAUGACCUGCAGGAGAUGAAGGAGGAGAGUCGGCAGAUGAUGCGGGAGAAGAAGGUCACCAUCCUGGAACUGUUCCGCUCAGCCGCCUACCGCCAGCCCAUCCUCAUCGCCGUGGUGCUGCAGCUGUCCCAGCAGCUGUCAGGCAUCAAUGCUGUCUUCUAUUACUCCACGAGCAUCUUCGAGAAGGCAGGGGUGCAGCAGCCUGUGUACGCCACCAUCGGCUCCGGCAUCGUCAACACGGCCUUCACCGUCGUGUCGCUAUUUGUGGUGGAGCGAGCAGGCCGGCGGACCCUGCACCUCAUAGGCCUGGCUGGCAUGGCGGGUUGUGCUAUACUCAUGACCAUUGCGCUGGCAUUGCUGGAGCAGCUGCCCUGGAUGUCCUAUCUGAGCAUUGUGGCCAUCUUUGGCUUCGUGGCCUUCUUUGAAGUGGGUCCCGGCCCCAUCCCAUGGUUCAUCGUGGCUGAACUCUUCAGCCAGGGUCCACGUCCAGCUGCCAUUGCUGUUGCAGGCUUCUCCAACUGGACCUCAAAUUUCAUAGUGGGCAUGUGCUUCCAGUACGUGGAGCAACUGUGUGGUCCCUACGUCUUCAUCAUCUUCACUGUGCUCCUGGUUCUGUUCUUCAUCUUCACCUACUUCAAAGUUCCUGAGACUAAAGGCCGGACCUUCGAUGAGAUUGCUUCCGGCUUCCGGCAGGGGGGAAACAGCCAAAGUGACAAGACACCCGAAGAGCUGUUCCAUCCUCUGGGGGCUGAUUCCCAAGUGUAAGGCGCCCCAAACCACCAGCCCGGCCUCUUCCCAGCAGCCCUAAGGAUCUCUCGGGAGCACAGGCAGCUGGAUGAGACUUCCAAACUGACAGAUCUCAGCCGAGCCGGGCCUGGGGCUCCUUUCUCCAGCCACCAAUGAUGUCCAGAAGAAUAUUCAGGACUUAACGGCUCCAGGAUUUUAACAAAAGCAAGACUGUUGCUCAAAUCUAUUCAGACAAGCAACAGGUUUUAUAAUUUUUUUAUUACUGAUUUUGUUAUUUUUAUAUCAGCCUGAGUCUCUGUACCCACAUCCCAGGCUUCGCCCUGAAUGGCUCUGUGCCUGAGGGUGAGGACUAAGCCCUGUCCAGACACUUGCCUUCUUCACCAAGCUAAUCUGUAGGGCUGGACCGAUGUCCUAAGGACACACUAAUCGAACUAUGAACUACUAGGCUUCUAUCCCAGGAGGUGGCUAUGGCCACCCCUUCUGCUGGCCUGGACCUCCCCACCCUAAGGGUCAGGCUUCAUUAGGAUUUGCCCAUUCCCAUCUCUUCCUGCCCAACCACUCAAAUUAAUCUUAACUUACCUGAGACCAGUUGGGAGCACUGGAGUGCAGGGAGGAGAAGGGAAGGGCCAGUCUGGGCUGCCAGGUUCUAGUCUCCUUUGCACUGAGGGCUACACUAUCACCAUGAGAAGAGGGCCUAUGGGAGCCUGCGAACUCACUGCUCAAGAAGACACAGAGACUCCUGCCCUGCUGUGUAUAGAUGCAAGAUAUUUAUAUAUAUUUUUUGGUUGUCAAUAUUAAAUACAGACACUAAGUUAUAGUAUAUCUGGACAAGCCAACUUGUAAAUACACCACCGCACUCCUGUUACUUACCUAAACAGAUAUAAAUGGCUGGUUUUUAGAAACAUGGUUUUGAAAUGCUUGUGGACUGAGGAGGGUAGGGAGGCUUGGAUGGGAGUGAGACAGAAGUAAGUGGGGUUGCAACCACUGCAGUGGCUUAGGCUUUAACUUGGGAUCCAGUCCCUUACGCCUACCUCUCAUCAGUGCCUUCUACUGCUCAACCAUCUGUUUGACCCGUUACCCAGAGAAUAUAUACAUUCUUUAUCUUGA